ACCUUACUACAACUUUUAUUGCAAGUGUGGAGUAUCUUUAAAUGAUAGCAUAAUGUUCCGAAAUGGUCACCUUCACACAACGAAGAUAGCUAAAACCACACAUUCAAAAAUGGGCGUUAUUAGACUCAUUGGCUGUAUUCUAUUGGUGUUACCUUGCGUUUUAACAGAAUUUUACCGUUUUUGCUACUACGGAUCGUGGGCGUCCAAUCGUCACGCCCCGAACGCACUCCGCCCUGGAGACAUCAACCCCUCUCUGUGCUCGCACCUGUCCUAUUCCUUUCUGGACCUGGACGAUACUGCCACCAGGAUUAUACCAACACCGGACCCACCGCAUCCAGAGACCCUUAUGACACAAUUCAACAACCUCAAGAAGAGGAAUAGGAGUCUGAAAACCAUCGCUUCGGUGGGAGGUUGGGCCAUGGGAACUGAAGCCUUCAUCAAGCUUGUAUCCUCGCAGGACUUGAUGAACCAGUUUGCUGGAAACGCCGUAACGUUCUUGCGAACACAUAACUUCGAUGGCCUUGACCUUGACUGGGAAUACCCUGGUGUUGAAUAUAGAGGCGGAAAACCUGAAGAGAAGCAACGUUUUGUCCAACUACUCAAGACCGUGCGUGAGGCAUUCGAAAGCGAUCCGGAAGUGCAGAAAGGUCGAGGACCGACUCCUUCUUACAUGUGCAGUGGGAGUCACGAGGACCUCGUUGCGACAGCCUACAAUGUGACGAGGAAUAGCACAGUAAGAUAUCACACACUGACGUCAUCCGACAAUGCGACAGGAAAAUCACAGUUAGAUAUCACAAAACGCCGUCAUCCACCAACGUGACGUGAAAUUAUAUUU